CAGGUGAUAUGUGUAGCUACAUCACCCCUACAGAAAUCGGAUGGAAUGGCCUAAUACGGAAAUCUCGUCGGUGCCCUCGGAAUCAUUUAUGUACACGAGACUUCAAUACACGAAGAUUUCCCUCCAACAAUAAAAACACUUUACCGUGACGGCGAAUUCAGACUACUAUACUAAACGGUGAAUGGACCUGUGAUUAGAACUGCGGUACUUACAAUGUAAUUGUUUAGAGGAGAAAUCAGGUUUAAUAUGGAUUCCCUUCCCAUACAGUCCAAGAUGGACUGUUCCUGCAUGGAGCUGGCUUUAGAGGGUGAGAGGCAGUGUAAAGCAGGGGACUGCAGGACGGGGGUCCAGUUUUUUGAGGCAGCAGUUCAGUCAGGCACAGAUGACCUAAAAACUCUCAGUGCAAUCUACAGUCAGCUUGGAAAUGCUUACUUUUACCUACAGGAAUAUGGGAAAGCCCUGGAAUACCAUAAACUGGAUCUGUCUCUUGCAAGAACGCUUGGAGAUAAAGUUGGGGAAGCUAAAGCAAGUGGAAAUUUAGGAAACACCCUGAAAGUACUGGGGAAGUUUGACGAGGCCAUUGCCUGUUGUAAUCGGCAUCUAGAAAUAUCCCGGGAACUAGAGGAUAAGGUGGGAGAAGCUAGGGCUUUGUACAACCUAGGUAAUGUGUACCAUGCCAAGGGUAAACACACAGGUCGAUGUGGUGACCAGGACCCAGGAGAAUUUCCUGCAGAGGUCAAGGAAUCUCUUCAAAAGGCAGCUGAAUUCUAUGAAGGUAAUCUACAAAUUGUAAAAGAAAUUGGGGAUAAAGCAGCACAAGGUCGGGCUUGUGGAAACCUAGGCAAUACAAAUUAUCUCCUUGGUAACUUCAGUGCUGCCAUCCGGUACCAUGAAGAGAGGUUGGCUAUCGCCAAAGAAUUUGGAGACAAACAGGCAGAGAGGCGUGCAUACAGUAAUCUGGGGAAUGCUCACAUAUUCCUGGGCGAGUUUGAUAUAGCGGCAGAGAAAUACAGGAAAACUCUACAGAUUGCUAAGCUUUUAGGUGACAAAGCUUUGGAGGCCCAGGCAUGUUACAGCCUGGGAAACACCUACACGCUUCUCCGGGACUAUGAGAAAGCCAUUGAGUAUCACAUGAGGCAUUUACAGAUUGCUCAGGAACUUAAUGACAGAGUUGGAGAGGGGCGAGCCUGUUGGAGUCUGGGCAAUGCCCACACUGCCCUGGGCAAUCAUGAAGAUGCCAUGCAGUUUGCAAAUCAACAUUUGAAAAUCUCUAAAGAGAUAGGAGAUGAAACGGGCCAACUUACAGCACAAAUGAAUUUAGCUGAUCUGAGGCAGGUGCUUGGAAUCAACGGAAAUGUUAAUCAACAUAUGGAUGAGAAAGAUGUUGGAAUAAGUCGCCGGCCAUUUAGACGACACAGUAUGGAGAAUAUGGAAUUAAUGAAAUUAACUCCAGACAAAAAGGGUGAAGCUGGUGGGGCCAGACCGAAGAUGAACAAACUAAUGAAAUCUGCCAGUGUGGCAGUAGAGGUGGACAGAGAGAAGAAAGAUAAACGUUUGUCACAAGAGGAGAUGAGUGAGGAUAUGUUCUUUGACUUGUUAAGCAAGUUCCAAAGUAGACGUAUCGAUGACCAGAGGUGUUCAUUUAAACCAACUGCUGUGAAACCAGACAGCAAAGAUGAAAAAUUCAAAAAUGACACAGGUAAUGAAGAAUUUCUGGAUAUGGUUGCUGGAAUACAAAGUUCACGAAUGAACGACCAACGAGCUGAGCUUCCCCGAUAUCCAGGCUUAAACUCACAGGAAGUCAUCACCCAGUACCUACACAACCAGCCAACUGAAGAACCUGAUGAUGCCUUCUUCGAAAUGUUGAUGCGUUGUCAGGGUAGCAGAAUUGAGGACCAGAGAAGUGCCAUGCCCCCACCUAGACCUGCCCCCACCGUACCUGAUGAAGACUUUUUCAGUUUAAUUCAAAAAGUGCAGUCCAGUCGCUUGGAGGAACAAAGAACUACAUUACCCAAAUUAGUCCCAGAAACCACGGGCAAGAAAAAGAAAAAAUAGCCCUGGGAGUGUGUGAUAGGAUUCUUGCUUUCACAAGACUGAAUUUACUUUAUUUAUUUAUGUCUGUUAGAGAUUUUACUGUACGUAAACUGUACUUAAAGCAAAGGUUUGCAAUUUGAUUUAGCUUUUGUGAUGCUGGUUUGUACUAUAGGUGCAUAGGUAAGAAAUAUUUGAGAAUUUAUAUAUACAGUUGCUUUAAAGCCACACAUAAGGUAGUAAAUUAACAAUGUAUUUUCCCUGUUUAAAGUCAUUUUAUUGUAUCUCGUUAAGAUAUGAAUAACAGAAGUUGAAAUUUUACGGUACUUUGUAAAUUGAUAAAUUAAAGAUUGCAUUAUAUCCAUCACUGGAUUUGAUCUGGGAACUUUAACAUCAGUGGUUGAAAGCUCCAGCAGCUGGGCUAUGAAGUAAAGUUAGUCAAAAUAGGCCUCCAGAUUAUUUUCCUGGAACUCUUCAUUGGAGAUAGGAAACUACCUUUUGUGUGCCAUUAAUAGAAUUACUCUGGGCAGAACUUUCCUGCAAAACAAUUGUAUUUUUGACAACCUAAAACUUCACCGAUUUGGAAAUGAAUAGUGUACAUCAAAAUUUUGACGUUAUAUUUGAAGAAUUAGUUUGGUAUCUACUGUCAAGGGUUGGAUACAUCUUUCAAUUUGUGGGAGGGGGCUUACAAAUUCUGAUAGUAUCAUUGAAGCUUAUAAAUUCAUGUUAAUAUACAAGUUAUAUUUCUGAUAAUAUCAUUGAAGCUUAUAAAUUCAUGUUAAUGUGCGAGUUAUAUUUUCUCCUUUGUUAAAAAAAACUUUUUCAAACAGAACCAAAUUUUAUGUCAUAGGGAAAUGGGCUUAAUUGACCCCAUUAAAGAAAGGCAAUACCAGUAGUCGAGACCAUAGAAAGUCACAGAUAGACUUUGUGGUUAUAAUAGAUCUCAAAUCAUCAUUGCAUUUGAUUUAUCAAAGGGUGAAGAUCUGUAUUUGUCUCAAAUUGUUGUCCAAAUCGUUCAUAUUUACUCAAGGUCCAGUCCAGAGAAAGCCAAUCGCCUCUUCAAUUCAUUGUUUUUGCAGUUCUCUACUUCACUUCUUAUUGUCUGCAUUUUUCUUUCAGAAAACUUGUACAGAUUAUUUUUUUUCCUUCAUAUUGACAUUUUCCUUAGAGAAUAAUUAUCAUGCAUUGUUCAAACGAACUCGAAAUUCAAUCGGUGCUUGCCUUACUUGUUUUUCUUUUAAAGAACAAUUUUCCUCCCAUCUAUAUGUAAUGUAUUCGGACAUCACAUGUAUAUUGAUCCUUCAGUCACAUUUUCUGUUCAUAUCAAAACUGUCAACCAACAGUAUUACCCUAAAGGAGUUUGUGUGUAUAGUGUAGUAGAAGCCAUCUUUUCAGGUACAUCUGAGCGACACAAGAUAUAUGUACUAUCAUUUUAUUUUUCACAUGUUUGUUGAAUGAUCAUUUAUUGCAUAAUCCAUGAUACAACUCACGGGACCUUAAUAAAAUACAUAUGUAUAUAUAACUAUAUAUAUAUAGUUAAA